GGCUUGGGGUGGAGGGGGGGUUGCUCCGGAGGCGCGAGGAGCGCGUCCACCCUGCCGCCGAGGAGGCAGUAGUCCGGGCUCGCGCGAGAGAGCGCGAGAGAGAGGGAGAGAUACAGAGAGAGAGAGAGAGAGAGAGAGAGGUGGGCAACAUGCUAAGACCAAGAGCGCCGCACCGAGGAGGCAGGACCCCCGAAACACUCUGCUAAUAGCUAAAACGAUAAAAGGAAAACAAACGGCGAGAAGAACAGGAGGUUGGGCAGUGAUGAUGUUUGUGAGAAGAAGACUUUCUCCAGAUUGAUGGAUGUUCUACAGGAGUCUCGUUUUGCAGGCCCAGAGCACUGCCCUGAUCCUCCAAACACUGAAAAUGGCUCGCAUGAUCAGCUCUCUGGCGAUUCACAUACUCUGAGGAUCCAUGACUCCACUGAGCCUUCUCUUUUAGCUCCACCCAUUAUAGGUUCCUCAAGUGGGACAGCUGAGGUCACACUCAGUGUGACGGACCUGCACGAUGAAUCUGUCUCAAAUGCUGCUUCUCUGUCCUCUCUCUCCUCGUUCUCUUCUCUCUCCUCCCUCUCAUCCCUCUCCUCUGUCUCUUGCUCCAAACCAGUAACUCCCUGGUCUGUGCCUCAGAGCUGUGAUAGGACAACCCUUUCCAGCAUGGAUUCUGGGGGAGGAGACUGCCUGAGCUGUCUUAUUCCCAAGAAUCAAUCAUGUGAAUCUGUGCUUGGAUUGACCUCUGAGUUCCAGCCAUGCCCUGCCUCCAACAUCAGCAUGCAGUGCCUUGGCUCUGCCCCUAAUGCAGGGCGCUUUGGUGACCAAGUGCUGUCUGACCAGUUGCUUAGCGGCCCCACCCAUGCAGCUGGAGUCAACGAAAACGCUGAGGAAGGGAAGUCAAUGAGAGAGAGCGAAUCAGACGAUGAUCCUGCUUCUAGGAGUAUAUAUGAGAGCCUGGGGGAGGAGGCACAGGACUGGAGCUGUCUGGAGUCCCUGAUCAGUGAGAGCCGAAUGGAACUGCUGGACCUGUGUUCUCGCAGCGAACUAGCAGUCAAUCUGUUCUGCGAGGAAGAUGUGGAAAACUACAUGUUCCAAGAAGAGGAGUCAACACUGGGUACUGACGUCUGUUCGCUCAAAAUUCGCUACGAGUCUUACCCAGAUGGAGCGCAGGAACGAACUGAAACUCCUUUGCAAGAUGAAUCCCAGCUAGGUUUUUUUCCUGCUCUACCUUGUAGCAGAACAGAGGACUUGAAAGACAAACCAGACCUGCCAAUUGAGGAGAAGACAGAUGCCCCAACAACCCCCAACAGCAACUUUCUCUUUGACCUCAGUAAUUCACCAGAAGACUCUGGUGAGUUUAGUGAUGACAGCUAUUGCACUGGCUCUUCUCCUGACGCCUGGCAGGCCCAACGACCCCAUGGGCAACUGUCCAGGGAGAACUCAAGCUCCUCCAGCCAGCUUAGUUAUCGCCUUCGUGCCAAGAGGAAGGUAGCUUUUCGAGAAGAUUAUUUGUAUGAUGUCGACUCCAUAGAAAGCGAGAAGAAUGCAGAAAAACGCAAAAAGACGUCCAUCGGACCAAAAAAGGAACGAGAUGAUGACUGGUGCCCAAAGAAACGGCGCCGGUCCUAUCGGAAGGAGCCACCUGUCAUCAUUAAAUAUAUCAUCAUUAAUCGCUUUAAAGGUGAGAAGCACAUGCAGGUGAAGUUAAGCAAAGUAGACCCCUCCGUCUUGAUGGUCCAUCUGAGUCCAGAUACUCUACUGCAUUAUGAAAGACUGGCACCUCUGAAGGGCUACUGGCAGAGGAAAGAAAAGGAACAACAGGAGCAGAACAAAUUAGCAGCUGCAGACAAAACCAAACGCCUCAAUGGCUGCAAGCGGCCACCGAGCACCAACCCCAAGCGUAAACAAAGGAGAGCAAGUAGACUCAGGAUUCAACAGAUCCAUGCAGUAGAGACUUCAACCCUCAGUCAAACUGCAGCUGCCUCCUCUAACAAUCAACAAGAAAUGACUAAAUCCUUAAAAAGCACAGAAGAAUCACAAGAGGGCACUACACAUGAUGCCUUGGACAGGGUGGAGACAAGUAAGAUAAUAUACCCAGCCAGGGCUAAGAGCAGAACUGAAGAGAGAGAGGAGAGGAGAAAAGGGGGUAAAAUAGGAAAGAUAAAAAAGUUCAAAAGUGAAGCCAGACUAAGGUCUAAAAAGCUAAAAGAAGCACAGAAUGAGGAAAACUCCACUGCCUCUGAGCUUACAGAGUUAAGUUCUUGUUUACCUGAAAACCUUAGUAACUCUUUGGAAAGUAAUUUUACCACAAACCAGACCUCGGUUGAAAAAUGCACUUUGAGUCCCACUGCCCCUGGGACUAAUGGGAAUGUGGGACUUCUACCUGGUGGAUACCUUCAGACUCUUCUGGAAACUUCUGAUACAUCCAGCAGUGCCAAUGUCACGUAUUUCCCCACAGACCAGCAGCAGUCAGGGUUGCUACCUAUGGCAGCCCCCCUGCAAUCAGCUCAGACCUGUGUGCUCUCCCCUCCCUCAGAGUCUGAGCUGCCCCAUUCACCACAGCCUCUCGGUCACAUUCCACACCACACACAGUAUCCUGACACCAACCACACAGAACAAAAUUACCCAGUCACAUGGCCUUCCCAACCUACUGUUGAGCAGCUGUCAUUUUCUCCUGACAUUCCAACUCAGUCCCCAGUCAUGCCACCAGGCUUUCCCAGGCCAAUGCCAGUAUUAGCAGGGGAGAAUGCAACAGUGACAGGGUAUGGUCAGGUGCCACUUGGUGCCUGCAGGAUGCCUUUUGAAGAACCACUUUUGCCAGAGCCCCACUCGGAUGCUGAUUAUGGGCUCAGCCCUGCAGGGUCACGGGGUGAAAAUGGCAUGGGGCGACUUGUCAGCUUUAACUCCUUAGGGUCGCUUUCUGCAGCUUCUAGCAACUACAGUUCACUUAGCCUGAGAGAUGGAGAGAGGGAAAGAGAGGAUGAGAUGAGUGAGAUCAAUGAGGGCUUCUUGUCACACUGCAGCCCCAGGCUAGUUCUGCAGCAGAGUCUUGAGGAAGUCACUCCACUUCGAGAGUCCACUGACUUGCUUGAUAUCUCAAACUUUACCCCUGACAAGUUUCGCCAUUCCUCUCUGUCUGAGAUGUCCCCACCUGACACUCCAAGCCCCAGUCCACAGCUGCUAGGUAACUGUGGAAAAGGGGGAGGUUUUUCAGAGACAGGAGGGGCUAAUGUGCGGUUCAACUGCAGUACUGUUCCCCAACUUGAGCAAGAUGCAUUUGGGAACACGCACCUCUUACAGACCUUCAGUGUAGAUGAUGAGGAAGAAGGGCUUCAGGGUAAUAAGGGUUCAAAAAAGAAGGGUGGAAAGAAUGGACAAAGCACCAAAAAGAGCAAAACCCCCAAGGCAGCUAAAGGAGAGAAAGUAAAGGGUUCACGUUCUGCUAAGAAGAUCAAGGCACUGCUGGAAGGGAAAGCAGCCAAAGGUGGGGAGAGAUUAGACAGUGGUGCUCCCUCUCCAACUCCCUCUCUGAGCUUAAUGGGAGCUCAGGGGGAGUGGCCAAACGUUGGAGGACUAUCAGACGAUGACCAGGGUGAGUUCCAGGAGCCUUCAAACAUCUUGUCUAACAUAGUCUCCGGUAUGGCGGAGGUACAGCGUUUCAUGCGGGCCUCAGUGGAACCACUUUGGGGACCUUGUUUGUCACCAGGCCAGCAUGCUCUCCAAAGUCAGACACUCAAGAUUCUGGGAAGCAGCGUUGACCUUAAGAAACGGGGUGGCUCUUCAGGCCUGGCAAAGGGUCGGAAGGGGGCAGGUCGCGGUGGUAAAUCUUCACCAAAACUGCUCCCGUCCGGCUUCUUCCCACCUCUUGGUAUGGACUGCCUCCCGCUUCCACAUCGACCCGCUCACAAGAAGAUGUAUCGUCACAAAAACACCACAAAGUUCGCCCGUGAUGAACUAUUGGCGGGUAAAAGGGACAUUAAAGGAGUAGCGCUGACUGCUUUGGUAGAAAAACAGAGGUAAUAUUUUCUCUCUGCAAAGUACCUCUUCUCAGUUUCCUACCCCUGUUUCCUGUCAAAUCUUUCUGAGCCUCCACCACACACCUUUCAGAGCUGCAUGGCACUGACUUUACCCACAAUCCUUUGCCUGCCCCUUAUAGGAAGGUGCGUACACCCUGCAUGACAGCCCUGCUAAGCUACCUACUGACUAACUGGAGUCUCUCUGUCACGGCUGCAUCUUAUCUGCCAUUGCUGCUUAGUUGCAAUUUUUAAUUGAUUAUUUUUUUGUGAUCAGUUUCUUUUAAGAAGAGACAAUGCCUUGAAAGCCUUCUUAAAACUUACUUUGGUGUUAAGGUAUUAAAUUUGUUUUUUUUCCUCUGUUCUCCGUUGCAGCUCUAGCAGUCUUUGUGUUCAAUCUGUGUCCCAACGUCAUCGUUUAAAACAAGCCCAGCACCCUGCUCUGUCUCUCAGCAAACAGUUGCCUUCGGUUGUUUUUCAGGGUUUGAAGGUUGUUUUUAGUUUCCUGUGCUAAGUGAGGAGUGUUACCCUUGUUACUGUGCCAACUUUUCAGAACAAUGUCUUUGGGUACUCCAAGAGUAGCGCACGUUUUGGGAAGAGCAUCAUACUUUUUUUUUUUAAAUAAAAGACGCUGAUGUGUCUGAAGUAUUAAUGUACUAACUGUCUUUAAUAUAUUGUUUAUUUAAGUUAUUUGAGUAAGGGGUUUCACUUCUCUGUGCCAUAUAGGCUGACUGAGUCCCCCUCUGCCAGUAUCUAAAUGCUGUUGUACAGGAACAUAUGCACUAUUUACAAAAUAAGAUUAUAUCAAACAUGUUUAAAUUAAUGUGCCAAAAUAUGAACAAUUAAGUGUACAGACAUUUUUAUCUACAUAAAUAUUUGUUGUUUUUUAAAUGUGGUGAUGGUUGUGGGAAUGUAUGUUUGUGGGGAUGGGCUUGGACAAAUAAUUUUGGAUUUACUGUUGUCACAUAUGCAGACAUCGAUCGUGGAGUCUUCUGUACAAUCUGGAAAAAGACAUUGUUAUUCAUCAUUUCAUGAUUUUUUACAGAAAAAAGAGAAUCAGAGCUGAAAUAAAGUUUGGGGGAUUCUUGCAUGCAAUUAUGGAAAUGGUCAUGCAGGCCUAGGAUUUGAUAGUUGUGAGACAAAUGUUAUGCUAUUGUAAGAGGUGAGUGGUCCCAUUGUUACAAAUUGACAUAUCUGUGUGACCAUGAUUGUUGCAUAAAUGGUAUGUUGGGUGAAGGAAAGGCAGAAAACAAUUUUUUAACAUAAUCAGUAUAUUAAAAGUAAAAGAUCAUUUUGGUUUAUGGUAAAACAUUUAUUUGCUUUUAUACAUCCCAUGAUUUAUUGUAAUAUUUUCAUAAAUCUCUUUUCUGGAAGCUAAUAAAUGAUCAACAGAACUGUUCUAUUGAAAAUGGGGAAAUUUUACAUUUCAGUUCAGCAGGACCAAAUAUCUCUGUUAAUUUUUUUUCACUAUAUUGCUAAUGAUGUGCAUGCA